AUGUCUCUUACCCUUGGAGCUGUUCAGAGGAUUGUCUCUGGUAGAUAUGUGGUAAAACCUCAGUUGCAGAUAUUGAGUUUAUCAACACUCAAGAAUAAUACUUCUCGUGUUUGCUGCGAUCUUACUGAUGGUAUACAAUUCUGUCCCAGUGUUAUUUCCCUAGUUCCUGAUCAACCUUUGAAAGAGAAAUCAAUUAUUCUCUUGGAUAACUAUUCUUAUGAUUUCUCUCCCUUAUUCGGAGAAUAUAUCAUCGAGGUUCUUAGAUAUAAGUUAUUUCCUGAUAUCUCCGAUGUUGAGGAUCAGGGUCCACUUCCAUUGGUAUCAACUCCUGUUUUAUUGGAUUUUUCUAGCCCAAAUAGUCCUUUGGAAAUUAAUAAUAGGAGUGCCAGUUCAUCGGUUGUGCCAGCUAAUCAGGAUUCCCAAAGUGUACCUUUGGUCAUCUCUCGUGUUUCCCCUCUGAAUUCAGCCUCUGAGACCUCCUCAAUUGUAUCUAUUUCUUCCAAGAGACCAGCCUCUACUUCUACCUACUCUUCUAAUUUCAUUAUGGCUUCAGAGCUUUAUUCCAAAAGGGUUAGGCGUCAAUCUGGUACACCUCUUCCCAUUUUUAAUUUGAGUUCUCAGUCAAUCUGGACCAUAAGAGGUCGAGUUACCAAAAAGACCGCGUUAAGGGAUUUAACAUCUGGAGGACAUUGGUUCUGUUUUGAGUUGUCCGAUAAUUCAGGGACCAUCAAAGUUAAUGUUUUUAAGGAUGAGAGUAUUAGGUUUUUUAAUCUAUUGAAAGUUGGUAAAGUUUAUACUAUAUCCAACGGAGAUCUUAUACCGUCAAAGAGGAAGUUUAAUACCACCGGACACUUGCGUGAAAUUACCCUUAAAGAUAUAAGUGUUAUUAAGGAGGAGAUAAAUUUCAAGGAGGAGGAUUUCCCUGCUGUGGCCUCAAAUUUUGUUAAGAUUUCAGCUUUAAGAGAUAUUUCCCUUGGUACUAUUGUAGAUACCGUUGGUGUUUGUCUGUUUUUAACUCUGGUUAAUCAGGAAGGAGAAGCCGGGCCUCGUCGUUCAAUAUUACUCUUGGAUGAUUCUGCUACUGAGAUCAGAGUAACCAUUUGGAAUUUAUCUCUAGAGGAUUUUAAUCCACCUGUUGGAUCUGUUCUUGUACUUAGAGGAGCUCGGCUUGUACGUCAGUUUUGUGGACGAAUCCUCUCCGUCUCUGCAUCUGCUACUGUCGAAAUCAAUCCUGAUAUUCCUGAGGUUUAUUCUCUUUUGGAUUGGUACAAUACUAAUGGAGAUACUGUUUCUUCAACUUCAUUAUCUCGAGGUUUCUUCGGUGAUUUUUCCCCCAUUAGUUCCUUACCGUCAUCACUUCAAGCUGACCAGAUCAUUUAUACUAAUUUGGAAGUUUCCAUAGUGUCUGGUAGUGGUCAUAUCUAUAAGGCUCACACCGAUUGUGGAAAAAAGGUUAAAAUUUAUAAGAGAAAUGUUCCUGUUUGCGAGGGAUGUACCGAUACCCUCCCUGAGCUAAUAGAUCAACUGGUGAUCACCUUCCAGGUGUCAGAUUCCUCCGGUCAGGCUGAAGUGGUCGCCUUUACUGAUGUUUCCUUAGAUCUACUUUCUUUGACGAUGAGUGAUAUCCCUGAUAUUACUGAUGAAGACCUUUCUCUAUUUUUAGAGAGACUUACUGACAAGACUUUUAAAUUCUGUAUUAAGACCAGGGAAUCAUUUUAUCAUGGAAAUACCCAUUUGCAACAUUCAAUUAAAUAUUUCUCUCCAGUUGUUAUUUCUGAGAUUUAG